AUGGACAGAGCUCAGGCCCAAGGCGAGCUCGAGAAACUGGGCAAGGAGGAGACCAAGGAUCUCAAGGCGUCGUCCGUCGCCGCCGGGGAGACGGCGCUCGACGCAGACGAGGCCUUCCUGCAGGAGCACGACUUCUCGGCCGAUUACCUGCAGGUGCUCGUCGACGAUGUGGCCAAGAAUCGGCGCCUCGUGCGCAAGGUCGAUCUCGUCCUGCUGCCCCUGCUAGCCGGCACCUUCACCCUGCAGUACAUCGACAAGCAGGCCCUCUCCUACGCCGCCGUCUUCGACCUCUUCAAGGACACGCACAUGAACGGCGACCAGUACGCCUGGCUGCCCAGCGUCUUCUACUUCGCCUACGUCGCCGCCGAGUAUCCCCUCAUCUUCCUCGCGCAGAAGUGGAGGAUCGCCAAGGUCGUCUCGAUAUGUGUCCUGUGCUGGGGCGCGGUGCUGAUGUUGACGGCAGCCUGCAGCAACUACUCUGGCAUGGUCGCGUGUCGCUUCUUCCUGGGCUGGUUCGAGGCCCCGAUCACCACCUGCUUCAUGAUGAUUGUGUCGCAGUGGUACCUGCGAAGCGAGCAGCCUUUCCGUGCCGGGGUUUUCUACUGCUGCAAUGGCCUCGGAGCCAUUCUCGGAGGUCUAUUUAGCUACGGCAUGGGUCACAUCCCCAACUUCGCAGUGUGGCGCGCGAUCUUCCUGCUCUGCGGUGGUGUGACCAUCCUGUGGGGCGCCGUUCUCCUCCUCUUCCUGCCCGACAGUAUCAUUGCCGCUAGGCACUUCAACAUCGAGGAGAAGGCGCUGCUGAUCGGAAGGGCACGAUUGGGCCGCACCGGUGUCAUCAACAAGACCAUCAAGUGGGACCAGAUCAAGGAGGCUUUGACGGACGCGCAGGUCUGGCUCCUGACCCUCUUUGUGCUUCUCAAUGAGGUCAUCAACGGAGGCGUCGCCAACUUUGGAAAGCUGAUCGUCAAGGGACUGGUCAAGGAUCCCCUCCAGACCACCUUGCUCGGACUUCCGACUGGAGGUUUCCAACUCUUCUGGAUCCUGUCUGGUACCUUUUUGGCGUCCAAACUCAAGGGCUUUCGAACCAUCGUCAUGGCCCUGUACCAGAUCCCGACCAUCAUCGGCAUCUCUCUGAUCUGGAAAUUGGACAGGUCGUACGGCGCCAACAAGUACGGAGUGCUCCUUGGGUACUACAUCCAGGGCUCGUUUGUCGCGACGCUCGUCAUCGCUCUGCAGAUGCCCUCGUCCAACGUGGCCGGGUACACAAAGCGUAUGCUUUCGUCGGCCAUCGUCUUUACCGCCUACUGCGUGGGAAACAUCAUCGGGCCCCACGCAUUCCGUGAUUCGGAAGCUCCGCUCUAUCCCACCGGCUGCAAGGUGCUGCUUAGCUGCACGAGCGGGCAAUUCGUCAUUGCUUUGAUCAUUCGGUAUCUGCUCAUCCGGCGGAACAAAAAGAGAGAAGCAGCUGGGUAUGAAACAGCUGAAAUCACAGCUCUCGAGGCCGUCGAUGGAACUGAUACCACGGACUUCAAAAAUCCUCAUUUCCGUUUUCUCUACUAA